AUGGCAUCCUCAGACGGCUCCUCCGGAGCUCCCUCGGGCUCAGUCAAUCUCGCCUCCCUCUCCGUGCCUCAACUCCGCUCCCUCCAGACCCGUCUCACCUCCGAGCUGGAGCACUUGACCUCAUCACAUGCGAAGCUGCGCGCCGCGCAGGCCAAGUUCCGGGACUGCGUGAACUCGAUCAAUGACGGUGUGACCGGCUCUGCGAAGAAGGGCACCGACGGCCGGGAUGAGAUCUUGGUGCCUCUGACUAGCUCGCUGUAUGUCAAGGGCCGGUUGACGGAUCGGGAGAAGGUUCUUGUUGAUGUUGGAACUGGUUUCUACGUUGAGAAGACUACUGAGAAGGCCGUUGCUUUUUACAAUGACAAGGUGAAGGGCUUGGAUGCGAAUCUACAGGAGUUGGAGAAGAUCGUACAGGGCAAGAACCAGCAGCUGCGGAUUGUUGAAGAAGUCCUCCGACAAAAGAUGCUCAGCGGCGAGGCCGUUCCCGCGCAGACUGCUGGUGCAGCUGCUGGUUAA